CCCUACAGCUGGUGGCUGCGGACACCAAACGGAGUGAAAGGGCUAAGAAAGUGAUGACGGCUUGAUGUAGAGGGGUUGGUUUUUUUUUUUAAGCGAAGGCUCGAGAGUUGGUUGAUUGUUUUAAAGAGUGGCACACCAAAGAUUUUCAGAAACAAAACAGCCAAAAUGCUCUGCCACGUUACUCGUCCGGAUUCGGUGGUGAUGGAAGUGGAAGUUGAUGCGAAGGCGAACGGUGAAGAUUGCCUCAACAAGGUUUGCAGAAAGUUGGGCAUAAUCGAAGUAGACUACUUUGGGCUGCAGUUCACAGGCAGCAAAGGAGAAAACCUGUGGCUGAAUCUGAGGAACCGCAUCAGCCAGCAGAUGGAUAAUUUGACACCCUGUCGGCUCAGGCUGCGGGUCAAGUUCUUCGUGGAGCCCCAUCUGAUUCUGCAGGAGCAGACGAGACACAUUUUCUUUACGCACGUGAAGGAGGACCUCCAUAACGGUCACCUGCGUAUGGGCUCGGAACAAGCCGAGGAGCUGAGUGCGCUCCUGGCACAGGCAGAGUUUGGCGACUACAACCAAAACACAGCCCAGUACUGGUAUUCAGAGCUGUGUGGAGAAGACCCCAGCCCCGCCACCAUCGACAGUAUCAUUUCCAGACACAAAACUCUAGAAGGUCUGAGCCAGGGCUCAGUGGAGUAUCAGGCCCUGCAACUGGUCUCCUCUCUGGAGCAUUACGGCGUGGAGUGGCACUGGGCUCGCGACGCAGACGGUCAGAGGAUGGCAAUAGGAGUUGGUCCUGAAGGCAUCGCUAUUUGCAAGGAGGAUUUCAGCUUGGUCAACAGGAUAAGCUAUCCAAUCAUCCAGAUCGCCACCCAGUCGGGGAAAAGUGUCUACCUGACAGUUACCAAGGACACGAAUGACAGCGUUGUGCUUCUGUUUAAGCUGAUCAGUAACCGGGCAGCCAGCGGCCUGUACCGAGCCAUCACAGAGACGCAUGCUUUCUACAGGUGUGACACAGUUACCAAUGCAGUGAUGAUGCAGUACAGCAGAGACUUCAAGGGCCACCUCGCCUCACUCUUCCUCAACGAAAACAUCAACCUGGGCAAAAAGUACGUUUUUGACAUCCGACGUACCGCCAAGGAAGUGUACGACCACGCUCGGCGAGCGCUCUACAACUCUGGCGUGGUGGACCUGAUGUCCCGCUCUGAAAGCAGGGAUCGCUACUCUCCUUCACGCUCCCCAAGCAGGGAUGGCGAGCAGGACAGGGGGCUGGACUGUGGCAGCUGCCAGCAAAACCGGGCCCUGCAGGAGCGUCUGCAGAAGCUCAGAGAGGCUCUGCUGUGCAUGCUCUGCUGCGAGGAGGAGAUAGAUGCUGCAUUCUGCCCCUGCGGCCAUAUGGUGUGCUGCCAGACCUGCGCAAAUCAGCUUCAGUUGUGCCCCGUGUGUCGAUCGGAGGUGGAGCACGUGCAGCACGUCUACCUGCCCACUUGCACCAGCCUCCUGAACCUGACGUUGACGGACAACCACCAGCACCGCAGCAAUAUUCCCGCACCCAUCCACAGAGACACGGCCUCUCCUCACACCUGCUCCACCACAGAGUAUGAACACAAGCUCUACCACACAUAAAGACGGCACCACCAAGAACUCCACUGUGAAUACUUUGAAGUUAUACCGGACAGAUUUCAUACAAAAGGAGGAACAUUUCCUUUUUCAUCAGCUUUUUUCCCUUUUCCUGCCUGAACUUCAAAAAUGACCAAAAAUAGAAACUCCUGAGCAUAUUUAAAGAUCAACGCACUCAAACUACACUGAUUCUUUGUGUUUUUGAUGAUGUUCAGUUUGUCACUGGUUCAUUAGUAUUUUUUUUCUUCCUUUUUGCUCUUUGUGUGUCAUUCUGUCCAAAUCUUGUCGGUUUAUUUUAUUUUUUAAAUAUCAUUAUGCUCUGCCACAGUAUCAUUUUUAUUAUGAUUAGGCUCUUAUUGUGAAUUAAAUUAUUGCAUCAGUUGACCUGAUACACAAUUAUGCUUUUGAACUUGUAUUUUGGUUGAAUGCUCCAUCGUGAGUAGCUCCUAGCCCUCCUAGACUGGCUAAAAACGGUAUUUACUUGAGGGUGUUUUUGUUUUUUAAUAAUUAUUUUUGAAGCUUUGACAUUUUAAAACUUUUAUGUAAUGGCUUGAAAUGCAGUUAUUUUUUCUUAAUGUACUUUUUUUGUUUUUGUUUUUUUUAAUGCCAAUGAGGAGGUAUUUAGAGGUUUUGCAGCAUACUGCUCCUGAAUUUGGCACCGCACGCAUCGCACAAACUGCAGAAAGACUACCACAGUCUUCGUCUUGUUGUGAUCAGAACUGAAUCUUACUGACACUCCACUCGAUUUCUUUCAUAGACCACUCAAUCUUCACAAGUUUGUCUCUCGUCUGGACAGAGAGAUAAAAUUAAAAACACUAAAGUGACUCUUGGCAGACACAGAACGGUUGUAUCCAAAAAGAAUUGGCAUUUGUUGAACAGCAGCUGCUUCCUCUGAAAACCUCACCUAUAAACUUCCUCUCUCGGAUGUGCUAGUGAGUUUCGGUAUUUUAGGGUACUGGGACAUCUGUAUGUGCAAUACUUGCUUGCCAAGCUUUUCAUUUUUAUUUAAUUUCAAAGAAUAUUAAAAAGAAGAGGAAAAACAUAUAUACACCAUUGUCACUUUACCAAGGGUUUCCUCAAAUAUGCCUGGGCUUUGGCCUUAAUGUAGCAGCAAUGUGUUCAUUAUUAUUAUUAUUAUUAUUAUUAUUAUUAUUAUUAUUAUUAUUAUUAUUAUACCAGCUUUGCAGAGUUUCUGCUAGGAAGAUGAAUCUUUUUGUCAAUGCUGACCCAGCUAAGCUCAGUCACUGAAGGAGAAAGACUUUUAUUUUUCACAUUGUACAAGUAGCGAUUUGUUUCUGUUUUCUGAAGCAAAUGCCACUAUGCUCUGUUAAACGACUUGGAAUUAAACCCUUUUUUUUUUUUUUAUAUAUUGUGCUUUAACAAAAAGUAUUAAUAAAGUUGGGGUUUUUUUUGUU